GUUGUACUUCGCAAGCAAUCCCAAUCAUUCAUCCCGCUCUUCAUCUACCCGUUACACGAUAUAUUUGUCUCGAGUCCUCUAUACUUAUUUAAACCCUUUUGUUGUUUAAACACUUAAAUUAUCGCUAUCGUCCAGUAAAAAUCAUGUCCGCCAACCCGGCGUUGGCACAGCAUUUAAAGGAUCGUCGAGAGGAACUCUCGACGCAGCUGCAGUAUGUGCUGCAGCAGCAGUCGGACCACACGACCCAAGUUUCGCGCACAAGCCGGCAGCUCCGGAAGAAAGCGGAACGGCUGUGUGCCCUGCUCGGGCACGAGCCGUGCGCGCCGUUCACAGCUGCAGAGGCUCAUAGAAAGGUCGUCCGGGCCGAUAUUUUUACACCAGGUGCAGUCUUCGUGGGAGGUGAAGAGCACGUAGAUGAUGCCGACGACGAGGAGAACCGCAAGUCCAGAAGUAGUACCUCCCGAAAUAAAAUUCUCUCAACCACGGUUUAUUGCGAAGCGGAUUUAUCGGCGCACCAGCUUCGCCAUCUGCGCAAGAUCGACCGGGAAAUCGGGGAUUUUUUGACGCAUCUGCAGCGCGAGCAGGCGAUCGCGCUCCAGGAGGAGCGGGCCUACAGUGAGGCGAUCCUGGAGGAGCAGCGAAAGCAGGAUGACAAGCUGUACGAGAGCCUGAUCGAGCACGAUGAGCUCGUCCUCGAAAACGAGCUUCUCCGAGACCAGCAGCUCAAGGAAAAGAUCGUGGAAAAGCAGGCCGAGGCGCAGGACCACCGCGACAAGCGCGACGCGGAGCUCGCGAACUGCGAAAAAAUCUUCGAGCUCAUCUACAAACGGGAUAUCAAAUGCAAAAAUGUCUGGGUCUGGAAACUUGUGAUGCUAAAAGUGAACGAGAGUGCCACUGCAAUACGGAGCCAAGCAUGAUAAUUUUUUUGGGCUCCUAUGUGUUGCGUGUUCCGCAUGGCAAACUGCGUGUUUGCAUGACAGAAGGGUUUAGGGUUUAGGGUUAGGGCCAAGAAGACGCCGUGAGGACGACCACAGGGGGUCCGUCUCAAUGAUGAUGAUGAUGACAGAAAAGAGAACCGCUUCGUGCCCAUGCAUCACAGAUUCUUGAGUCAUGUCAGACACGCAUGACAAGUGUCAGAAUCUUCCAGACCCAGACACUUUUACAGUUGAUACGGGAGGUGGAAACGCAACUGAAGAAGGACCGGAUCGCCUUCCAAGACCAGCUCCGCGCGGAGCACGAACAGCACGUGAAAGCGCUGAUCUCCCUACGGAUCGAGGACGACGAGCGCCGGAAAGCCGACCAGGCGCUCGCGGACGAGACGCUGAGCCGUCUGUUCUCCGCUUUCAUGGAGGAGCAAGAACGGGUGGAAAAGGAGCACUUCUCCGGGGAUUUUGUAGCGAGGUUCCUCGAAAACCAGAGGCAAGCGCUCCACGCAUUGCUCGUCGAGCACCCCGAAAAUGCCGUUCGUCUUCGCGAACUGGGCAUUAUCGGUCCGCUGCUCCGGGAAUUGGGCUACUUCUUCCCCGAGAGGGAGAAGGGGACAACGGCUCCUACGGAAGAGAUCAACAAUGAGGUACUGAGAUUUUAUUUGAUGAAAUCUCUGCAUUUACAACUUGAUUAUUUUACAGCUGGGCCAGCACCAUUCGUUCCGACAUUUUUGUUUUCUGUUGUUUCAGAAACGGACAAGAAAAGUGCUUGUUGGGAUUUUUUUUUGGCCUUAGGCUAACUAUGAUGAUAUGUGACGGCAAAUUGUGGAGUGUGACCUGUGAAAUUGAAAAUGGAAACAACAGCUCCAAUGGCGUGCCUGGGGUAAGACGCGACCGGUGUUUGGCGCCGCGACUGGGCAGAUGAACAUGAUUUUCCAGCCCCCGCACAUGCGGACGCAGACUAUCAUUCCUGCUCCGGACAGGGGCAUGCAAGACUCGUCGGACGAGGCGAGUUCAGACGAAUUAAUUUCCGUGCCGGACCAAAGUAGAGACGAAAAAGCCCUCGACGAGGCCGAGAAAAUCCUCCGUGCGGCCACGGGCAACAUGGCUAAGGAGGCGACCCCGCCGGAAUUGGAGCGGCGGGUGAUCCCCGCCCUGGAGCGGCUGCGCAGCAAAAGCAAAACGCAGCAGUUGGAGCGGGAUGUUGAACAAGCAAGGGUUGGAACUACAGGAGCUGAAGAUGUUUUUACAACCGCCUGGUCCUCCUCUAUUUCCAGCGGGGGCAGUGAGGAAGAUCAACACCGCUUAACGGUGCAGAGUACAACAAGUCGGCAACACGGCUCUGGGCCGGAUGAGGAGGACGGACCGGGCUCGGGCCACCCGGACGCGCCGGAGGGCGUGCGUGCUUCCUUAGAACAGAAAAUGAUGGACACGCACCAGCGGCGCGUGAGUCGACAGCAGAAAGAAGAGGUGAUGGAGGCCGUUGCGCGGGCCCUGGUGUUCAGCGCUGCGCGCGCAGGAGGAGGAUUCUCCCUUUCGCCUCCUGAUUCGCACCGGGUGGGGGGUGAUGGUACCAGGGGAAACAAACCGCCUCUAGGUGGGGCUCGCGCCGACGCGACCGCGGAAGGCCCGGGUGCGGGGCAGGGGCAAAGUGAUGGUCGUGAGGAAGAUUUGCCGGAUAUUGUCCUCGCGCAGAAAGGUCGUGGUAAGCAAACGCCUAAGAGUGGACCCAGACCGGGACCGCAAAGCACUACUGAGGACCCACAGAACAUCUCUCGCGGAUCAUACGGUGGGGGAGGACUUGAUGUUAGCGUAUAUGGCGUUACAGGCGGGCCGUGGGGAAACGAUAACUACGAAUCAGGACGAUUCGCCACAGAUUCUGGAAAAGAGAAGGGGGGCAGUAGCCCGCUCGACGUGAACUUUUACGGAUUUAAACCCGGAAGAAAUAUUAAAGGCUCGCAGGGAACUACAAUGCCCAAUCAGCUCAACAAGGGCCCGACAGACACUGUCGACGGCGACAGGUAUCGUGUGGAACAGGAUAUUAAAGGGAGACCUGUAGCAGGGACCCAAGACGGUUCCCCGAUCAUGAGAGGGAUUGCAGUAGACGAGGUACUAGAUGAGCAGGGAGUGCGCCCCCCUAGUCCCCUUGACACGAUGGGCGGGGGAACUGUGCGAGGAGCAAAAGGGCCACAAGGAACUGCGGCGGAUCAGGUAUUCGACACAACCUCGUCCCCUCCUUUUGAAGAUCAGCUCGAUAUUCAAAUCUACGGUGUGCGAGGAAAGGGAAGGGUCCUCUCACCAGAUCAGGGAAAGAACCCUGGAGAAGAUCGUCGUCCACAAGGGCCAGCGGUUGUGGACGACUUACAGGGCGGCGGGGGAGCUCCUGCAAUGGAUCAAACAGACAAUACAGGCCGGAAUGUGAUUAACGAUCAAAGUGCUCCUGUCGGGGGCAUCGACGGUGUGCCAGUCUCCAACAGAACAUCGGCCUAUCCAACGCAGCCUUUUGAAGAUCAGCUCGAUAUUCAAAUCUACGGUGUGAGAGGAAAGGGAAAGGCAACGCCAGUAUACCAGGCAAGAAAAGGGGUCGACGACCAGCAAGUGGGCGAUGAGACGAAUGCUGCCGCCCGGCCACCGCAGUCUGAAGACCGGUUGUCUGCCGGGCAAGAAGCAACGUCACAGGUGGUUGUGGUCGCACCGCAACAAGACGAGCAAAGCGUGCAAAUGGUGGACGACCUCAAGGUGGAUGGUGCCCUAGUAGAAGAGGAAAAAGCAUUGUCGGCUUUCGCAGAAGACAGCACAGGUGCUCCGAGCAUUCAGAAGGCGAGCGCGGUUCCGGUAGACCAGCAGGAGCGCCGCAACAAAUCCGGCGUGGUCAAUCUCGAAGAACCGUCAGCAGGCCGGGCGCUGCCCUCCAUACCCGAGGAUCGUGUGGUGGAGCAGGAUGAAGACCCGGGAGCGGCACCAGCGGUAGAGAAACUUGUUGCGCCAGCACCAUUGACACAGUCGCAAGACGAGCAGGCAAAUAAAAAGGCGCAAGGAGGUCGUGAAGGGCUAGACCUGUCCGCCGGGAAGUCCUCGGUUGUACGCUCGUACUCUGUGCCUCUCUCACGAGCUGCAGAUCCCGAGCGGCAAAGCAGAAAGGGGCAGCCAGUUGCACGCAGUGCUUCGUCCGCCAGACCGUCAGAAAUAAAGGGUGGAGUUCGGUCCGAUCGCAGCACGCCACCACCUGGCUUCGGAGGCGCUCAACAAGAUCGUGCAAGCAUAAUGCCAGGAACAGCAUCUGGAACUGGAUCACCAAUCCCUCGGAACGGUGAUGACACGCGGGGGUGGCGAUCGACGCCUUUUGGCGAAGACCGUAACGACGGGUCACGCAAUAUCCUGUGUAAAAACGUCCCCACCCCAGAGUUGUCAUGCAAAUCUGCAUGCUGAAAAUGUUUCUCAUGCGGAGCGCCAUGAGAGGCAUUUUCUAGUCGCGUUUUGGGAUUUGUGAUGCUAUAACGCGCAUGAUAUACUAGAUCUGUGCUGCUGCUGAACUACCUAAACAGGAUUAUACUACGAAGACAAACUUGUCAUGCCACACGACCAAAGCUGGCUGAUUUCUCUAGCAGAUUUCCCAUCUUGACUCUGGUGUGGGGACGUUUUUGCAAAUGAUACGCAACAUUCUUGGUUCAGGCUGGUCUCAAGACACCAACUUGAGCCACGACCUUGGUGUGCACGUGUAUGGUGUGCGAGGUAGAGGCGGUGAGAACGCCGGGUUAAAAGCGUCACCGGAGCAGAACCAAAAGGGCGAACGAACUCCUUCUAUCGAGCAGGCAUCGUCACCAUCUGGCGCCGGCGGGGAACCGGACGCCAAUGCAGUAGCACCUCCUACUCCUUCGGCUCGGCCCGGGUUGGCUGCGGCUGAUGAUCCAGACGACCAAGCCUUUGAGUUUCGCUCUUUUGCGCAUGAGAAAAAGAGUGCGAUGAUAAUCGUUCGGGAUUAUGAAAAAGCUGUCCGACCAACCUUGGCAGCGAGGACGUCUUCUGACAGCGAGAGCUUUGUGAAAGCGAGAAAGACAAAUAAAUCGUCGAGCAGCAGCAGCGACGGUGUACAACGUGGAAAAGUAAAUGCGGACCACGGUAGUUCGCCAACUCUUCAUGUCGGACGAUUUCCUACGAACAUUGCCCAGGUCGCGAUGCAGAAAAAGGCCGAACGGUUGCGCGCAGAUGCGCAUGCGCGCAAGGAACGCUCUCCCCGGGGAAAUGAGCAGCAGAAGGCUGACAAGGGAGGAGAUGUCGUGGGGGAAGCUCGCGAGCAGGGGAAACCGGUGGCUCUUGCGGAUGCCGUCCGUCUCCAGGCUGCGGAGGUAGUACCAAUAAAUGCAGUGUCGUCUCUGCAGGACGAGUUUGAGAAGGUCGUCCGUGAGAACAGAAAUAAACUUCCCGCAGACCACCACACUGACAAGCAGGCGGACAGCCCAAAUCUGGGAAAAUACAGGCCUCAGGCGCGUCUGUCUCUCAAUGAUGCCGAAGAGCAGGAGGUCCUGCGCGAACUGUCUGCGUUGCUGCGUGCAGACGGUGCGGAUCCCGAAACGAUUUUGCAGCUGCCGAGGGCUUCGCUGCUGCGCCAGAUGGAGAAAAUGCCCGACCCACAGGCAAUCGUCCGGGAGCCGGGCUAUAUCCACCACUUCGCCCCCCGGGGUGAUCCUGCGGGUGAUACUCACGAACAACAACAACCGGAAAAACCCAUGAGGCAAGCGCCAGCGGUGCAAGCGCGAGGGACCAUGCCAAAUGCACGCAGUAUUACUCCGACGCGCGUGGACCCCAGUCUCUUGCGCAGCGAAGACUCACGGUCGGGAGGGCCACUUACGUCCUCGUUGCAGCAAAAAAACCCGGAAUUUUUUGGAGAGACAGAAGUGGAAGCAGUGCCAGCCGGUGCCUUGCAGUACCUGGCAGCGUACGACGGGAAGAUGGUGGCCGAUGACGUUCGAAGGCAGGAGCGAGGACUCUCGGAGCGGGGCAGGAGCACAACGGACCCGACUUCAAGUCCGCCACCGCCGGGAUUCAAUACUAAGGACUCAUCCCGGUUCACGAGGCAGCCGUCGCCGCCGGACGAGAUUCCGAAGCAGCCUUCGGCCGACAAUGUCUAUGGCUCCUACAACGCGGUUGCGCUGAACAAGGACUCGACACGAGACACACGGCAAGCCACGACGACCGCCAUCAAGGCUCCUACCAACCCCUCCUUGGGCAGCACAGAUCAUUUGUUAGCGAAGGCAGGGUCAUUAUCGGUGGGCGAUCGCGGAACCAGCAGGUCGCUUGCACGACAAGCAACCACAACGACGCAGCUGGCCCGAGGCGACCAAAUAUUAGCGCCGCGUUCCUCUCUUGGAUCAAGUGUGAGCAACCAGACGGACGAUUUGCUGAAGGAAUUUCUCGUGACGGAGCGGCCGAGGAGCACAAUCAUGGCCAGCGGCGGACAGCCAGGAUCCGACCAAGUAGCUCCCGCCACGGAUGCAACCACUUUCCAGGAGUCUGGGCUCGCGCCUGCCUCCACGUCCUUGCUAAAGCUUCCAACGGAGCUGAUGCUGCAGCAGCUUCAGCAGGGCAGUGGCGUGCAAUCUUCUAUGGCGCCAGUGUACCGACCGACGAGCGCGUACGCUGGGCCCGCACAGAACCUGGAAAGCCAUCGCACCACGCGGGCGACCGAGCAGCCCGUGAAUAAAACAACACAAUUACAAAGCCAGAACCUCAGGAGCUUCGUCUCGAGCUAUGGCGGUUCCCCCGAGCAACAGAUCGGGCGGAGCUUUGCAUCGAGCAACGCGUCGGUGGCGGCGUCGGCUGGGCAGCCGAAAAACUUCGCCCCCGGGAAGACCGCGCCCCUGGACGAUCGCUUCACGGACCUCGUGAACAGAACGAUGCGCCCGCCCGAGGACCCGAAUGCCGUGGAACCCGAGCUAGACCGGAUGAAGCAGAGCAUGAUGGAACGGCAAAUAUACGUACCGUUUGGCGCGAGAGCGGACGUUGUUCCGCCACGACCUGUGGGAAGAAAUAAAGGGCCUGCUGCUCUUGCCGUCGCGCCGGCGAGUGUUGAAAAUGUCGCCCUGCCGACCACGACACAGAUAGAAACGGUCAACAUGGGUGAGAACAAUAGCAAUGCACCACCCGUGCUGAGCCUGGGGCAACAAGCGGGACCACAGCCAGAGCUUCGUCGGCAAUCGCUGUCUCAGUUGAAUGUAAGUCCAAAAGGCUCCGAAGUAGUUGUUAACCAUCAGCCGGCUCUGUUUGCGAGAUCCUCUUUGCCGCAGACAGCAGUGACAGAUCCGAUCGCCAGAAUGCUUCAGGGAGCUGCGGAGGCGAUCGCGGACCUUCAGGCCGUUCCGAAUGUUAUACCUGCGCCCACAGUGAACGGAAUUCAAGUACAGCAGACGAGCGGAGUAGACAUCACACCGCCUGCAAUCCAAAUUCAGCAAACCAGCGGAAUUGACAUCGCACCGCCUGCGCAACUGCAGGUACAGAGGCUCGCAGGGUUCAGUACUGACCGCACGCCGUCAUUUGCUGCCGCACCCUCGGAACCACCAUCAAGCGGUUUCGUCGUGAGGGCGAAUAGCAUAGAAGAAUAUCCCUCCCACGUCGAUGUCGUCGCCUCUCCAUCUCCCACUCUUCCAUCAAAGCAGGUCAAACUUCAGCGCUCCGUUUCCAUCUUCUCUCUGGUGGCAGGAGAUGACAACCAUGGGCAGCAGCAGCAGCAGAGCAACAUCCCCCGGUCACACGCAGUCGCACCGCUGGGGCUUUCUACGGUGUCCGAGAAGACGGAACCUCCAGAUUCGCCGCCUGUGUCACGUAUCUAUGAGCAUGCUGCAGUUGGCGACCACCGCGAUGUCCCUGUGGUAUUUCAUAAGAACGAAGACGCCAUUCACAUCAUUCCUGUGCGACACGGGCUCGAGCAAGAUCAGCCGCGCCGGCAGGACUCGGGUCUUUUUGCGUCUGCGGCACCCCCGAAACUACAGUCGCCUGGGCUAAUCAAGCCGGUUGCACUCGGCCCGCAAAUUGGGCAGACGAGCCAAAAAUCUUUUCGUCCUGUGCAACCACUUUCAAGCCCACCUUCGCAGGACGGCGGACGCGCUCCGCAAACGCAAACCCUCGCACCAAGCGGUCUUUUGCAAGUCCAAUCUAUCGCACCCCGUGGCCCUCUUUUGCAAAUGCAAUCCCUCUCGCCGGCUGCUUUCACCACGCCGACGGGGGUGCAGCAACAAGCGCCCCUGUUGGCCGCCGCACCCGCGGGGGAAUUCGUGGCGCAACCACGCGGGCAGGCUGCACCUCAGAUGGAACUACAACAGCAAGCGGCCGAGAUGGUACCAGCAACUCGCAAGCUGGGAAUCGCGACGAAAACCGCGCUCUUCGACAAACCACCCGUAGCGGCAACGCCUCCGGCGACGGUCUCGUCUCAGUCGCCCCGGGCGCAAGCAAUCCAAGAGAAGAUGAACCGGCUCGCGAAGGGGAACGGGAAACCUGUGGAGUUCAACCAGCAAAAGCUGCCCGAGUGGAUGAAUCGGCGGGCACGAAUUCCGACGACGAUUGAGUCCGCAGACGGCGAAAUGGUAAACAAAUCCUUCCUGCCGGGCACGACCGAACGCCGCAGUCGCGGAAGCUGGUGGAGCGAGCAGCUGAAGAAGAAAAACGUCAAGAAAAAUAUGAAACGGAAUCUGGGCGACUUGCUUUAAAGCAAGUGAGGAAAAUACAAGAAAAACUAGAUUCACGUCGAAAGCAAACUCGUAAAUGAUGACGCUCUACAACAACGUCUACGUGUGCAAGAAUUGUACAGCGUCAGAUUCUUGACUUUUGUUUGAAACAUUCGUUUGAAAGCCAAAUAAAACCAC